GUACUGUGCACAGCCCACACAUGCAGAAUAAGAUCAGAUACUGAGAAUUACAUCCAGUAUACAGGACAAGAGAAAAGGCAUGGCCAUGACACUCUGCACCAGGGGCGGACUGACAACUCAUGGGGCCCCCGGGCAAUAGGGGAUCAUGGGGCCCCUGUCUCCUUGCCCAAACUCAAAAAAGCCUAUGAAAAGGUACCAGGGGCAUCUCAUGGGGCCCCCUACUGUCCCGGGCCCUUGGGCAGUGCCCGAGUUUCCAAAUGGUCAGUCCGUCCCUGCUCUGCACUCAUA